AUGUCGUACGGUGCUGCUGCUGCUUCUCGAUUGGCCGGAAAGGUCGUCCUAAUAACUGGUGCCUCCGCAGGCAUUGGCCUGGCCACGGCCAAAGAGUUUGCCUCUGCUGCCAACGGUUCCAUCAAAUUGGUCUUGAACGCCAGAAGGCUGGACAAUCUUAACAAGCUCAAGUCAGAGCUGUUGGCCGCUUAUCCAUCCUUGAAGAUUCAUGCUGGUGUUUUGGACGUCUCCAAGGUAGACACUAUCAAGCCCUAUCUGGAUUCUCUUCCAGACGAGUUCAAAGAGAUUGACAUCUUGGUCAACAACGCCGGAAAAGCGCUUGGAUUAGAUAAGGUGGGUUCUAUUGAUCCUGCUGACGUAACCACGAUGUUUGAGACGAACGUGAUCGGAAUGGUGGCUAUUACCCAGCUGGUCUUGCAGGGAAUGAAAGAAAGAAACCGGGGUGAUAUCGUCCAAUUGGGCUCAAUUGCAGGUAGAGAGCCUUAUCCAGGUGGAAGCAUUUACUGUGCAACUAAAGCAUCUCUCAGAUUCUUCACUCAUGCUCUGAGAAAGGAGCUGGUCGACACCAAGAUCAGGGUGAUGGAGAUCGAUCCUGGUAAUGUCGAGACUGAAUUUUCAUUGGUUAGAUUUAAGGGCGACGCUGAAAGAGCUAAAAGCGUGUAUGCCGAUACCGAGCCUUUGGUUGCUGAGGAUAUCGCCGAAUUGAUCGUUUUUGGAUGUUCCAGAAGAGAAAACACGGUGGUUGCCGAGACCCUGGUGUUUUCCACGAACCAAGCCAGUCCCUUCCACCUGUACCGUGGUGGUAAUUAG